ACAACAAAAAUGUUUAUGAUUUUACAUAAAUAAACGAGUCGAUAAAUGGUGGAAAUUUUGUUUCUUUGAAUAUAGGAAAAAUAAACAUACGUUCACCUGGAAUGGAAAAAUCUUUUAAUGAGAAAUCGAUGAAAAUCACAUCGAUUAAAAAUAAUGAUGAUAUGAUUCUUAAUGUUGAAAAAACUAAAUUGAAAACUAUGCAGCAAAACAAAUUAACACCAUCAAAACGAUCACAAUCACCAUCUGUACAAAGUACAAAAACAAAAACCGAAUCUUUGAUAGGAAUGAUGAAAAAAAUCGAAAUAAAACCAAAAUCAACGAUAACAAAUCAAUCAUCAUUGAUAUCAAUCAAUGAUGAAGAUGAAUAUUGUAAAACUGGUCUAAAAAAAUUGGUAAGAAGAUUUUUACCCGAAGAUUAUGAUUCAGAUCCAAGAAAAGCACAGGAUAAAUCAUCUGAUCAACCGAUACCGGAUCCAGCAGAUUCUUGUCAACCAAAUUUUGGUUAUUGUUAUUGUAUGAAAUUGUACAUUGUAAUCACAUUAUUUUUGGCCAUGUGUGUUUAUUUCAGUGAUCCAUGUGUUUAUUUUUUACUAAUGCCUGAAACAUCUUUAACCACUGGUGGUGGAGAUGGUAAUGGUGAGGUUAAUGAUACUAUACCAAUAUUGGUGACACAAAUCAAUGACAAUCAUACUGUUGAUGAAUAUACAGAAUCCGAUUCUAUAUUAUUGCUUCAAAAAGGACAAAAAAUUGAAUAUUGUGAAUUUAAAUUCGCUUACAUUAUAUCAUUGAUCGUUGGAUUAUUAAUAUAUGGAUUAAUAUUCAUAAUAUAUACAUGUCAAUUGAUUAUUCAUUUUUAUAAUUUUCCAUGGUAUCUUUCCGAAUCGAUUCUAUUGGGUUGUUAUUCAAUCAUUCUAUUAAUUAUGUCCAUUGUUGCAUACGUUACUAGCAAUCAUGCAAUUGGAACAAGUUUAGCAUUUAUCGAUAGUUUAAUUGGCAUUAUUCUUGCAUUCGUAAUAUUUCGUAAUCACAGAGAUGGUAUUGUUCCAGCCGCAUUAAUCGUUCAAUAUGAUCCAGAUGGUAAUCUUUUAACACAAAUAUUAUCCAGACGACAUUUUGUCUGAUCUGAUCUUGACACAAUGGGAACAAAAUAUUCUGUUGAUAUGAAUUUUUUUUCCCUUGUCUGAUUAUAAACAAAAUAAAGUAAAU